AUGAGGUGGAAAAAGCGGUACUUAUGCUUGUUUAGCGGGUGCAAUAUUCGAUUCUUUUCGCGCAACGAGUGCCAGGAACAUAUUCUGUCGCAUUUCCCGGAAUCGGGCGAGAAAAAUCGUGUUGGUAAAAAUGGUACUACGAAAACAGAAGCAAAAAUCGCAGUCAGCGAUUUCAUGGGUGUGGAAGAAAAGCAAGUUGUACGCCAUGCUGAAAAUGGUGCCAACAAGAAAGAGCAGGAACGCAAUAGCCACACUACCGGUUCAACUAGUCCUGAUUCGGAUGCUGUACCAGAAGGAUACGGACUUCCAUCGGCUACCUCAAAACCAUAUACGGUGCAAACAUUUUUGAUGCGGGAGCAGGCAGCACCCCCGCUCAAUGCGCCCUCUUCCGGUAGCGGUGCAGUGUUUUUCAACGAAAUGGUUGCACAUUUACCAGUACGGAACACGGUGCACGAGGCAGUCCGAGUGAAUAUCGAACUCAUUCCAACAUCGCAACAAAAUUCACCAGUUUUGCACCUCUAA